ACCCAAAUUCACAAGUUCUCUUUUUCCCUCGCUCUAUCUAAUACAUCUCUAUUUCUCUCCGUGCUUGAAAUGGCUCGUACCAAGCAAACUGCAAGGAAGUCCACCGGAGGAAAGGCUCCAAGGAAGCAGCUAGCAACAAAGGCUGCUCGUAAGUCUGCUCCGGCCACUGGUGGUGUGAAGAAGCCUCACCGUUUCAGGCCCGGUACGGUGGCUCUGAGAGAGAUCCGCAAGUAUCAGAAGAGCACUGAGCUUCUCAUCAGGAAGCUUCCAUUCCAGAGGCUGGUUAGGGAAAUUGCUCAGGAUUUUAAGACUGAUCUCCGUUUUCAGAGCAGUGCUGUAUCCGCUCUGCAGGAAGCCGCUGAGGCCUACCUUGUUGGGCUGUUUGAGGAUACCAAUCUCUGCGCCAUUCAUGCCAAGAGAGUUACUAUAAUGCCUAAGGACAUUCAGCUUGCACGUAGAAUUAGGGGUGAAAGGGCUUAGGGUUUAUUUGAAUUAUGUAUAAAGCUUUUGCUUUUGUAGCAGUGUUGGACUUAAUCAGAUGCUUAUUGUUAUUUGUAGUGUGAAACUUCUUGUUUCAUUGUGACUUAAUUAUGCCAAAAGUAUUAUGUU